GGAUCGGUGUUGGGACUGUCGGAAUGCAGGCAGCAGUUUGAAGAGGAGAGGUGGAAUUGUCCCAUCAAAAAGCAACCAUUCAUCAUACCCGCCCCACAAAAACCAUCCAAUCAAUUGAUACCAAUCAUCAAACUAACCGUCCAAUCAGGAACGAAGGAGAUUGCUUUCAUCCACGCCAUCACGUCUGCCUCACUCGCUCACUCCAUCACUUCAUCAUGUAGCGCUGGCCUCCUUCUAGAAUGCUCUUGCGACAGGUCCCUGCAGUCGAUCGUGAGUACGGACAGCAGCUGGCGCUGGGGUGGCUGCAGCGAUAACGUCCAAUACGGCAUCAAGUAUUCGAAGAUCAUCACAGAUGGUGACGGAAAAAAGGCAGCUCUGAUGGAACGGGUUCGAUCGCUCGUUCAUCUGCAUAAUAAUGAUGUCGGAAGGAAGACCUUGCACUCCCUGAUGACCCACAAAUGUCGUUGCCAUGGUGUCUCGGGGUCGUGCGCGGUUCGAUCCUGUUGGAGGUCCCUGCCCAGCUUCCGGCAGGUGGGGGACCAAUUGAAAUUCAAGUACCUGGACAGCGUCGAAAUUUCUCCCUCUUUGCAAUUGGCUGAUAGCAACUCACAUCGCGACAAACGCAACAGCAUACCCCAACCCGCCUCUGACACCGACUUGAUCUUCCUCGAUAAAUCUCCCAACUACUGCCGGCCAGACCGCAAGAGAGGGGUCCAAGGAACUCGGGACCGAAACUGCCAACCCGAUACCGACAAACCGAACAAUUGUAAGCAUCUCUGCUGCGGGAGAGGGUAUCGAACCCGGGUGAUCGAGGUCGACGAAGCUUGUGAAUGCCAAUUUAUGUGGUGCUGUAGUAUUCAGUGCAAGAUUUGCAAGAAGGUUCAAGUUGUUCAUACGUGCCUGUGA